UUGGCAUUUUUGACAUCAUGUUGUUGAUACAUGCACAUCGAACCCAAAAUUGCAAAUUAACAGUUUCAAAUUCAGAAAGCCCCAAAUCCAACCCCAGCAUUCAAAGACAAAGACAAAGACAACAACCAACAAAUACAAACUGUCCUUAAAUUCUUCAAUUCUCACACAAAAUCAAACCUGAAAAGUCCAUUCUCCACCAUUACUACACACACACAUCAGUCAAGAGUCCCAUAUCAAACACCAUAAACAGAAUUAGAGAACCUUUCACUAUCACAUUUCGCACAUUAACCAAAUAUACCAAAUUUUUUUUCACACUUUUCACACAUCAAAAAACAAAAAACAAAACACAAAAGCAAACCCAUUUUUCCAAUCUAUCUCAGAUUCACUUUCAGAAAAAAAAAACACAAAAAAAUCAAAAUAAAAAACAAAACCAAACCCACCUCCCAAAACACAAAAACAAACCAAACCCAGAAAAACAAAACACCCAAAUGGUUAUGAUGGGAGCUGAAAAACGAUGGCUUUUCACUCUCUUCAUAGCCGCAUUACUCUCUCUCCUCCUCCUCCUCUUACUCACUUCUCUCUCAACCUUCACGUCCCCAAAGCCCUUCCCUUCCACAAUCCACCAUGGCUCUCACUACCCUCCUUCCUUCGCGUACUUCAUCACCGGAAACACCAACGACGGCGACCGGAUCCUCCGGCUACUCCUCGCCGUCUACCACCCUCGCAACCGGUACCUCCUCCACCUCUCCGCCGAGUCCGCCGACGAAGAGAGGCGCCGCCUCGUUUCUCAGCUCAAAUCGGUCCCGGCCAUCCGGGUUUUCGGGAAUGUCGAUGUUGUCGGGAAGUCCGAUCGGGUUACGUACAUGGGUGCUUCGAAAAUUGCGAUAACUCUGCGCGCGGCGGCGAUACUGUUGAGAUUGGAUGGUGGGUGGAAUUGGUUUGUGACGUUGAGUGCACAGGAUUACCCACUUGUCACUCAGGAUGGCUUCUGUUUGCUACUUUCAGACCUGUCCCAUGUGUUCUCCUCUGUCAGUAGAGACCUCAAUUUCAUUGAUCACACCAGUGACCUUGGAUGGAAAGAAUCUCAAAGGUUUCAUCCCAUUGUAGUUGACCCAGGUUUAUAUUUAGCCAGGAGGAGUCAAAUUUUUCAUGCCACAGAGAAGCGUAAAACACCUGAUGCUUUCAAAGUAUUCACAGGUUCCCCAUGGGUCAUCCUGAGUCGAUCCUUCCUGGAAUAUUGCAUACUUGGUUGGGAUAACCUACCCCGUACCCUUCUCAUGUACUUUACCAAUGCAGUGUUGUCUGAAGAAGGAUACUUUCACUCUCUCAUUUGCAAUUCACCAGAGUUUAUGAACACUACUGUGAACAGUGAUUUGAGAUAUAUGAUCUGGGAUAAUCCCCCAAAGAUGGAACCCCACUUCCUCAAUAUCUCUGAUUUCAAUCAAAUGAUUGAAAGUGGAGCUGCGUUUGCUAGACAAUUCCGCAAAGGUGACCCUGUGUUGGACAUGGUUGAUGAAAAGAUUCUCAAGCGUGGGCGUAACCAAGCUGUCCCGGGAGCAUGGUGCUCUGGGAGGAAGAGGUGGUGGAUGGAUCCUUGCUCCCAAUGGGGUGAUGUCAAUGUUAUGAAGCCUGGGUUUCAAGCGAAGAAGUUUGAAGAGACCAUCACAGGCCUUGUUGAUGACUGGAAUUCACAGUUGAAUCAGUGCAAAUGAAGAUGCCCAAGUCAAAGAAAAAUCUUUUGAAAUGAGGUGCAUUUUGUGUGCUUCUGAAAUCCUGACCAGUUUGAAGACUGACAUCAGUUUGAGGUGCAUUCUUUGGAAAUUGAGCCUAAGUUGUUUCAAGUUCUACGGCCAGAGGCUUUACUAGUGUUUAUAGCAGGGCAGAGUUGAAUGGAAGCAAGUGAAUUCACUUGAGGUUUUGGGCUGUACUACAGCUUGGGGGCUAGUAUUAUUUUAGAGCCACUAAGCCUUUCAAUCAAUAAGAGGAUCUCCCUCUCUGUGCUGCCAUUUGCAUGCUGUUGUAUGUUCUACCAGUCAUCACAUUGUAUUGCGCACUCUUUGAAUGCUAUAGUAGAAGUUCAUUCUUUGAA